AUGGCAUCGAACAAUCAAACACUGGUGACAGAGUUUAUUCUACAAGGCUUCUCAGAGUCACCUCAACUCCAAAUAUUCCUUUUUAUCUCCUUUCUUUUUCUUUAUCUUGUUGCCCUCACAGGAAAUAUUCUCAUUGUGAUGGCCAUCAGUCUGGACUCAGGUCUCCAUACACCCAUGUAUUUUUUUCUUGCCAACUUAGCUGUUUUGGAUAUUGGUUGUACAUCCACAGUUCUGCCCAAAUUGCUGGAGAACCUUGUUGUGGAGAAGAAAUCCAUCUCCUAUGAAGGCUGCAUGACACAGCUGUAUUUCCUCACUUGUUUUUUGGGCACUGAGCUUCUGCUCUUCACAGCCAUGGCUUAUGACAGAUAUGUGGCCAUUUGUCAUCCCUUACAUUAUAGCACUAUGAUGAGUAGGAUGGUUUGUAUGUUGUUAGUGAGCAGUGUAUGGGCCACAGGCUCCCUUAGCUCGUUGUUACACACUGGUCUAAUGUUGAGAUUAACCUUUUGUGGUCCUAAUGAAAUUCAGCAUUUUCUAUGUGAAAUUCCCUCUUUGUUACUUCUCUCCUGUAGCUCCACAUACCUGAACAACGUCAUGAUAGUCAUUGCAGAUGUGUACUUUGGGGUGAUCAAUUUUGUACUCACUAUGGUGUCCUAUGGCUUUAUCAUUUCCAACAUCUUAAAGAUCCACACCACGGAGGGGAAGAAGAAAGCCUUCUCUACCUGUUCCUCCCACCUCAUGGUAGUCAGCAUGUAUUAUACGACAAUCAUAUAUACUUAUAUUUUUCCAGGCUCUGGCUCUUCAAUGGAUAAUGGUAAAGUGGUGGCUCUCUUGUACACCACUGUUGGCCCCACCUUAAAUCCUCUUAUAUAUACUCUGAGGAAUAAGGAUUUUAAAACUGCCCUCAAGAAAAUGUCUCUAUUCUUUUAUUAA